AUGAGCUGGAUGGACUCAUGGUCCCGCCCUUCCAAGUCCCAAGCGACUCCGGCGCCCUUCUAUCUCCUCUCCAAAGGCGAGUCAAUACCCUACUGUCGCACUUGCGGGCGCGUCAUCUCCAGCCGCAAAUCGACCGCUUCGUCCAAGUCUUCCGCGCCAUCAGAGGCCAAGUAUUGCUCGUCUCGGUGUCGGGGUCAGAAGCCGGGGCGGUUGGACAGGGAGAUUGAACAGGCGUUUGUGCGGUUUUUGCAGGGCGAGGAGCAGGUUGAGGGGUCAAAGAAGGUGAAGGGUGACAAUAGGAUCCUGGUCCCGUGCGACGUUGUGGAGAGGAGGGUGUUUGGCGAGAGAUCCGACCCCGAAAAGGUCUUUGGGCGAAGGAAGAAUCGUGCGUCGAGGGCUCUGCCUGAUGCAGACGAGGACGAAGGCGUAGAUUUCGGGGUAUCUCACGCCGAUGGCGAGCCGGGCGAGGAUGUCAUCGAUGAGAUGCUAGGACGAACAAAGUCCACGGAACUGGAUCCCAGUGUGACGGCCAGCCUCUCUAUCCGCAGCGGCACGCGCAUCCGCCCGCCGCAGAACCAGUCGCAGGUCAACGGCAGUAUUGGCGGCGAAAAGGGAAAGGCGGAGAGGAUCGAGGAGUCGAAUGAGAUGCGGGAAAAGAGGAACGAAGGCCAGAAGCGCGCUCACGAGAAGGAGUUGGUCCGCUCUGCGGCGCGUCGAGGCGUUGUAUUUGGAUUCGCCGUGGGUGGUGAUGAGCGGAGAAAGUGCGAAGCCGUGAUGCAGGGCAAGGUCGUCGAGCCUAGUUUUGCGAAAGGAGAUUGGGCCGUCAGGUGGCGGGAAGACUAA